AUGAACAAGAUAACGGUCUAUGUUGAAGACGGAGGGGUUACCCUGGAUUUACAGGAUCCACUAAUCCUUACCCACGGAUCCGAACUUUACGUAAAGACUGCUGCCAUGUUCUGGAAUUAUAAGAAUAUUCGCAAGGGGUUUAAUGACUACAUUUCCGUAGAUGGGAAGAAGGUAAUGAUAGACGAAGGGUAUUGGACCUUUAAACAGCUUAGGAAAGAGCUGGAGGAAAACGGGUUGACACUUAGGGAAUAUCCCGAUGGAAGUAUAAGGAUCGACUUUGCUAAGGGAACAAAUUCCGCAGGACUCCGGAAUCUCACGAGUAUUCUGGGUUACCGGUCCUUCAAUGGUCCUACAUACACACCACACAUUAGCGAUCGUCCCAUAGACAUACACGAAGGCUUGCGGCACCUCACAGUCAGUUGUAACCUUGUGAAUCGCGAGCAUAACAUCGGACCGUAUGGAAAUAGGAGUACCGUCAUCACUUCCCUUCCCAUCGAUGGAACAAGACCUCUCUUUGGACCACGACGAAAUACAACGACAUCGAAAGCCAAGUACGGGUGGAUGCUGGUAAAUACAGCGAAAUCCGGUUUGAGAUUGGAUCUAAUACCGGAAUCAUCCCUGGAGAUGUCUUGUUAG